AUGGGCUUCCUAACAGACCUAACUCUCUCAAAGAGCAAGACCAAGGAGGAGACCACCCCCAUUGAUCCUAUCUCCAAUGUUGCUGUUGAUGCGGAGAAGGGCGCUGAGUCCGCCACUCCGUCAGAGAAGGCCAGCGACGAUGCUACGUUCACUGCCAAUGCUCAGGCUGGUGUCAAGAGAGUCGAGGCGGCUACCACCGUCUGGACGAAAUGGCAUCUUGUUGGCGCCUACAUAAUCAUUUGGUGGAUCUACUUCGUUACUGCGCUGCAGGAGGUUGUUGUCCGCGCAAUGAAUCCAUACGUGGUAAGCGCUUUCAGGCUACAUUCGCUUACCGCUGCUACUGGAAUUGUCUCUUCGAUCGUUGGUGGUCUGUUCAAGAUCCCGCUUGCGAAGCUGCUCGACACAUGGGGACGUCCUCAAGGUCUCCUCUUAUCCCUCUUCCUGUGGAUCGUUGGGUACAUCAUGAUGGCUGGAUGCAACAAUGUUGAGACGUACGCAGCUGCGCAGGUCUUCUCCUCUACAGGAUCUCAGGCUGUAUCAUACAUCCUCACCGUCUUCAUCGCCGAUACUAGCACUCUGAGGAACCGUGCCCUCAUGCUCUCGUUCGCUACCUCGCCCUAUGUCAUCACAACCUGGAUCGGAGGGCCUGUCGCGCAAUCCGUCUUGCAUGGUCCUGGGUGGCGUUGGGGUUUCGGAAUCUUCACGAUCAUCAUUCCUGUUGUCGUGGUUCCUCUCGCCGCGCUUGUGCUCUACAACGACCGCAAGGCCAAGAAGAUGGGCCUUAUCGACGAGACCAAGUUCAAGUGGUCAGCAGCCAACAUCAAGCAGUUUUGCGUGGACAUUGACUUGGUCGGUAUCUUCAUCCUGACAGCGGGAAUGGCUCUGUUUCUGCUGCCAUUCAGCUUGUGGUCUUACCAAGGAGAGCAGUGGAAAUCGCCUAUGAUCAUCUGCAUGAUUGUCUUUGGCUUUGCCCUCCUAAUUGCCUUUCCCAUCUGGGAGAGGUUCUUCGCCCCGGUCACGUUCAUCCCGUACGAGCUGCUGCUGGACCGCACCGUCUUCCUGGCAGGCUGCAUGUUCGUCUGCGUGUUCUUCAACAACGCGGUCUGGGGCUCAUACUUCUCUUCCAUGCUGCAAGUCGUAUGGAACCUCAACGUCACAGAAGCCUCUUAUGUGACUCAGGUCUACCGUGUCGUUUCUUGCGCUUGGUGCUUCUUCGUCCUUGGACCCCUUAUUCGUUACACUGGACGCUUCAAGUGGACUAUUGCUUACUUUGCUCUGCCGCUGGAUAUCCUGGCGAUUGGUCUUAUGAUCCACUUCCGCCGGCCUGGUACAGACAUCGGAUAUCUCGUCAUGACACAGAUCUUCACAGCUGUGGCUGGAGGAACCAUUGUCAUCGGCGGCGAGCUUGCCAUGAUGGCACCGUCCAGCCACCAGCAUCUCGCUGUCGUUAUCGCCGUUCUUAACCUCUUCUGCGCAAUCGGCAGUGCCGUUGGCUCCACUGUCAGUGCGGCUAUCUGGACCGCAACAUUCUACAAGAACCUUGUCAAGCAUGUUCCAGAGGGCGUUAACGUUCGCGACAUCUAUGCCUCACUGCCUAAGCAGCUAUCGUACAAGUGGGGUUCUCCCGAACGUCUGGGAAUCGCAAAGGCCUAUGGUGAUUCGCAAAGACUAAUGCUGAUUACCAGUAUCUGCAUGCUGUCGAUGGGCCUGAUCUGUGCUGUGUUCUGGCGCGACAUCAACAUCAAGAACAACAAGCAGGUCAAGGGCCGUGUUUUCUAG